AUGCAGCUGCAUUGGAACAUUCGGGACACCUUGCUUUACGCCGUGGGAAUUGGAUCGCACAAUCUGCGUUUUGUGUACGAGGGUCAUCCGGACUUCGCCGUCUUCCCAACUUUUCCCAUACGCUUUGGCACUCUCGGGGCGGCGAGCUUUGGGACAGCCCUUCCACACAGUCUGGGUCCGCUGACGAUCGAUGCAGAGCGUUUCUUGGAGAUGCACCGACCUCUUCCCACAGCCGGGAUGGCACGAAUCUGCUCUAGGGUCGUGGGCAUUCAUCCGCGCCCAAAGGGGAGCUCUUUCGUCGAGUACGAGACUUUGGUGUCGGAUAGCGCCGGUGUGCCGUAUUGUCGCUUGGUGACAGGCCAGUAUCGACGUGGCGUCAAUCAGUUGGGGGACAUCGAGCCAUUUGAAGGUUGUGGGACCACCUACAGCACGAAGCUUACUUUUCCUUCCACACCUCCUGAUCUUACCUGCGAGCAGUGGAUUCCAGAGAACCAGGCCCUGAUUUACCGUCUUUCUGGGGAUUUCAACCCCCUGCACAUCGACAUGGAUGCUGCAAGAAUAGGAGGAUUUGACCAACCCAUUCUUCACGGACUUUGCACCUUUGGACACUGUGCAAGUAUGCUUCUGGGUGCUUUAUGUGACGGAGAUCCGUCACGCUUCAAAAAGAUAAAGGUGCGAUUCUCAUCUCCAGUCUUCAUGAACAGCAAACUCCGAGUGCACGCUUGGCACGAUGGCCCGGGCCGGGUGCUUUUCCAGGCGGAGGUGGAUGGAAGGUUGGUGGUGGCCCAUGCAUACUUCGAGUUUGAGGAAGCACCCCGUGCUGCAAAGCUGUGA